CCGAGGGUAUAACCGAAAAUAGAAGUUCACCGACCAUCUAUUUGGUGCAGAGAAGACUAAAUUCGAUUCGCAAGCUAGGGUUUGUGAAUUUUGAGUAGCCAUGCCUCAGCGACAUUCGAAGAACAACAAUGAUCUUGCUUUCUUCACAUAUGAUGAGAAGAAAAAGCUCGGAUAUGGAACCCAGAGAGAAAGACUUGGAAAGGAUUCAAUAAAGCCCUUUGAUUCCUGUUGCCUUUGCUUGAAGCCUUUCAUUGAUCCUCUUUGUUGCCAAAAAGGUCAUGUAUUUUGCAAAGAGUGUAUCCUCGAGUGCUUAUUGUCUCAAAAGAAAGACAUUCAAAGGAAGCUGGCUGCCCAUGCUACUCAACAGAAGCAAGAGAAAGAAGAGGACGAGGAGAAGAUGCAGCUGCAGAAAGCAAGGGAGAUUGAUGCUUUUGAUCAGCAAAAUCACGGCGCAGUUCCUCAGUACAGUGACAAAAACUUCAAUCGAGACAAGAGUGGCUUCCAUGGGGCAAAUAGUGUAAAAGUGACAUCAUAUGAAGAAGAAGCACUUCGCGACAUGAAAGCCUUUUGGCUACCCUCUGCAACACCUGAAGCUCCUGUUAAAGUGGAUGCACCCUCCACCUGUACUGUGUGUCCAGAAGGCAAAGAGAAGCUUAAGUUGAAAACCCUUUUUCCCGUCCAUUUUACUGAAGAGAAAAAUAAGGAAAAGAAAUCCCAUGCACUGGAUAAUACAUAUGUCUGCCCUAGUUGCAAAGUUACGCUAACUAAUACAUUGACACUUGUGGCCCUCAACACAUGUGGGCAUGUGUUUUGCAGUAAGUGUGCAGAUAGAUUUAUGGCUGUUGACAAAGUCUGUUUGUCUUGUAACAAGGGAUGCAAGGAGAAGAAUCUGGUGCGACUAGGGAAAGGAGGAACUGGGUUUGCUGGACAUGAUGAUAAUUUGCAAGCUACUGAUUUUAAGCAUUUGGGCAGUGGUUCUGGCUUAGGGCUGGUUAGACCCGCAAUGAAAACAUGAUACCUGGUGGUAACAGCGUUUUCCUCUCCUUGUUAACUUUAUUGGAGAUUGUUGUUGAUCUAUUCUAGUUCUUUAUCUUGUACUAUAUAUUCCUUUCUGGUGGUUGUAUGAAGGGGAAAGCAUUUUUCUUAAGACAUCUUUGUUUCUGAACAAGCAAUUUACAAAAUUGAUGGAUGAUGAAGUACGUGUAGGUAGGGAGUAAAAUCUACAGAGUAAGAGUGCAUUUACCAAGU